AUGGGGGACAAUUCCGAUGAUGAUGUUCUUGAAAUAUCUCGUGAUGAGUACGUUCAUAAAGUAGACGAGGCGUUACGUAAAGAUUAUGGCUUCUUUUUUUCACAUGAAGAACAAAAUGUCGACCAGGAUCUUUGCAUUCAGCAACAAGAUGCUAUCACCAUGAAGGAGGGAGUUGGAGAAACAAGUAAGGCUAAACAACAUGACGUUGAUUGUACUUCCAAGGGAAUUAUAGCUGAAGGAUCUCAAUCUCUCAAAAAUGAUGUAAAGGAAAAUAUAAGGUCUGUUGGUAGUUCCAAGUCUAAGAAUCCUCUACAUGGAAAGAAAUCUAGAAAACCCACUAUUCCUGAAGAUCCGGAGUUUUUGAAUUUUACACGUAAAGGGGAAUACAGGCUGCGUCUUCCUGUCGGGGUAUCAAACCGCGCUGGUUUUACAAAGAAGCUGCAUACACUUAAGUUUGAAAACCUGCAGGGGCAGAUAGUUUCGUUGUGGAGGAAGAUGAUGCAUGGACGCCCCAAUGUAACAUAUCGCGUUGACAUGAUAUGCAUGGAUGAACAGGGUGAUAUGAUUUUGGCAAAUUGUCUUCAUAAGAUAUUGCCAAGGUUUGAUCAUCACUUUAAACUCGACGAAGUUCUUCUCAUCAGCAGGGCAUCUAUUGCACCAAACCAUGCAACUAUCAACUACACCAAGGAUAAGCGGAAGUUAACAUUUACGCUUUUCAGUCAGAUUGAAAAAAGUGUUGAUUGGUGUGGUCCGAAGUAUUCUUUCUCUUUUGUGAAUUUCAAAGAUGUUGUUGAAAAUAAAGUUGAUGUUGGUACAACUGUUGAUUUCAUAGGGUAUGUUGAAGUCUGCUUCAAUAUGGAAGACACGGAUAAAAAAGAUGGUUCCAAAGGCAAGAGAUUGAACAUAAGAGUUAAAGAUAUUGAGGGUCAUCAAGUUAUUGCUACAUUGUGGGAUUCAUUUGCCAUAGAAAUGCAUGAUUACUUUAAUAAUUCAAAUAGAGAGAAGCAUGUCGUUAUGGUGAUUCACUUUGGUGUCGUCAAUCUUUACAUAGAUAAGAAAGGAUUGUCAACUUCCUUUGAUAUCAGUAGAAUGUUCAUCAACUCUGAUCUUGAUGAAAUAACAUCAUUCAAGAAGUGCUUUGUUGACAAGUUUGCAUCAACACCAUCUGAAAGUGACAAUGUUGGCUCAUAUAUGAUAUCAUCUGCUGAGGAUGAGUUUCUGAACAACACUGGGUUUGUUUUGUCAGCUUAUCUCAGUACCAUUCAAAAGCCCAAGAAGGUCAUAUUGGUUGGUACAGUAAUCGGGAUAUGCACUGAUAAAAUAUGGUACUAUAAUGCUUGCAACCACUGCAAAUCCAGUGUUGAAGAAACAUAUGUUACUGUUGACAAUGAGGAUGGUUCUGGUGGUUUGGAUGAGAAAAGGAUUGUCAUGUGUACAAACGCUAAAUGUAAAGGAGUUGAUAUUGUGUCCUUUCCUCGAUACAAGAUUCCUAUUCGCGUGCAAGACUCAUACGGUACCGUGACUCUUACACUAUUUGAUUUUGAGGCUUUUAAGCUUUUCAAAAAAACUGCAAAAGAGUUGGUUGAAGUGCAUGAUGAGGAGUUGGCUUCUGGAGGCGUUCCCAAACCUUAUCCGGAACUGUUUGACAUUUUAGUUGGGCAAAAACUUGGUUUUAUCAUCAAUGUUUUAGAGUUUAACAUUAUACACCAAGUUGAGAACUACGGAAUCUCAAUGCUCACGUCUGAUCUGAAUAUUCUUGCUGGACUCUACGCUAAAUUUAAAAUACAUGAGUAUGAGAAUUCUGAAUCAACCGGGGCUCAACCGUCUGGAAUUCAAUCUGUUGCUUGUGAUGUUUCAAAGGAUGAGGUAUCGUUCACUGGUGAUAACGAAACACCGUUGUCCAAAGGUUUGGAUAACGAUGCAAAGACAAUAUCUUCUGGUGAGGUGAAACGUAAUCUUCACGAUGUUUAUGAUGCUGAUGAUACACUUGGAUCUUCGUCAACAAAACGUCGUGUUAAUGAUGGGAAAGAUGAAUGCCCAUAUUCUGAAGGUGGUAACAUGUUGACUCCAAAAAUCGAGAAGUAG